CGUUGACGGACUGUCAGAUGACAUAAUGGUAAACACAGUAAGUCAAGCCACAAACACCAUCCAGCUGAUGCCCCAGCCGUCACCCGAUUGGCCGGAAGAGUGUAAAUCAGCUGAUGUAUGAUUUUGACUCUAGUCACUCAGCAAUUGAGACAGAGGAGAAGGACUUCACUGCUUUUUGCUCCCAAAUGUGAGUGUAUCUGGCUGCAUAAGGUAGUUUGCCACCCAGAUUGGAUUGGAAAGUCCCAGCUCCUGCCAGUCCUGGCAUGAAACCGCAGUAGCUCCCCGGAGAAUAUACUGACUCACCUAGCAGAGCUAGUGGAGCAUCAUUAAAAAAUAGAAGACUGUAGCCCUGGAUGAGGGUACUGUCUUCAUGCAGAGGGCAGAUCGCAGCUUAAGGCAGCAGUUUUUGAAGUUUGUGAACUGCUUGGGUUUUGUUUUGUUACUAGCUUGUCAGCAUACCUAAAACACCUGCGUUUGUCCAACUGACAGCUGAUUUUUGUUUAUUGGCCAUGCAGAUUCUGCUAACAGGGAUUUUAAACCCUUUUUGGAUAGCUGUCUAGUUGUAAGAUUUCCAGCUCAGGGAAAGCCUGUCCUGGUACAGCCAUGGAGGGUCUUGAGCAGCUGGACAUGGUGGGUGAUAUCAGCCCAGCUUUGGAGGCCACAGAGGAUUUCAUCCACUGCAUGGAUAGGAUACAAGGCCAAGGUACAAGCCAGGCUCAAACAGGGAACCUUCAGCCUGCCAGGCAGUCGAAGCAGCUGCAGGAGGUAUCUAAUGCAGCGCUGGGCAAGCUGAGCUCCAGUGGCGUGUGGAACCUGCUAGCUGGAGAGCAGCCAGAGGUCGGGCCUCUAGGCCUAGCUUGGGCUGAUAACGUCAGUGUUUUGGGGCUAGGAGUGGGUUUGAGGCACGGCAAGAGAAGCCGAGCGCGUUCCACCAAUGACUUGGCUGCCCAUACCAAGGAGUGCACCAACAACACCACCAACUCCUCAUCUAACUCGGCGUUUAAGAAGGGACACAGCCGGUCCAGGUCAGAUGUCCACUACCGCCCGUCUGCCUGCACCGACAAUGGUCUGCCCACAGUGGACUGCAACACCCUGAAGAACAUGAUCCUCAACCACCAGCAGGAGGCUGAUAAAAGCAGCAGUAGCAGUGUGGUGAAGCAGGGUGAGAUGGAGCAGCGUGAGGGGCCCCGAGGCCGCUGGACACCCUGCCAUGUCGAGCUGACGCCUUGCGAGCUCCGCCUGUACACUCUGGACAGCAGUGCCAACCGCCAGCUGGGCACUGCCUACUCACUGUCACACUGCCAGAGCGUCAUCUCUCCAGCACCCUGCAGCCAGCCCGGCCAGAUCACCCAGCCCGCAGACCAACGCACGAUCCAGGCUGUCUUCUUCAACAGCACACGUCUUCAGCUGAGGGCGGCCAGCCAAUGGGAAGCCAUGGAGUGGAGACGGCUGAUUUGGGAGAAGGUGCAGGCAGCCAGACCCAUGAGGCAGGAGAAUCGUCAGCAUAAAAGCGGAGUAGAAAAUCAUCAUGUCGUGAAGUUUCCUGCACCCAUGUCACCUUCGUCUUCGCCUUCUCCUUCUGGGCUCGACACCAGGCCUGAUGGCGAAAGCGACACCCCGACUUCAGCAGAGGCAUCGCUCUCUCUUCCGCCUAAUUCUGCUGUCCUGAGCAGACCCACCACCCUGCCUUUGUUCACGCAGUCGUGCCAGGACGCUCUCAGAGUCGGUCUACUGUACCAGCUGACGGAUCAGAACAACUGGCGGGCCUUCACUUUUGUCCUCACCAGAUCUGUUCUCCAGGCCUUCCCUACAGAAGGCCGUGGGUCUGUGUCCCAACCUGUUCUCCAGUACUCGCUGGCGUCCUGCAUUGCUGUUCAGCAUGAUCAUGAGUCAGAGAAUGGAGAGCCAUGGACAGGGAAAGGGGAAUUUUUUCAGGCUGUUUUCCCAACAGAGGUACUCAAACUUCGUGCUGAUGGUCACCUCAAGGCCCAGGAGUGGGUGGAGACCUUGCGGGAGGCAGUCAGAACACAGAGGCCUGCACAAGAAGGGACAGAACCAGGAGUAGGACCUCCUGGUCUCCAAGGGGUGCUAUUGAGAUCAAAUCCAUCCAGGGACAGGAGGCAAAGGGACGCACAGAGAGCAAAGCGACAGUCGGUCACCACCAGUUUCCUCAGUAUUCUCACCUGUCUGGCUGUGGAGAAGGGGCUCACUGCUCAGAGCUUCAGGUGUGCAGGUUGUCAGCGUCCCAUUGGUCUGUCCAGAGGAAAGGCGAAGGUUUGUUACUACAGUGGCUGGUACUACUGCCAAAGCUGCCAUCAGGACAACUCUUUCCUCAUCCCAGCACGCCUGCUGCACAACUGGGACACCAGCAAGCACAAGGUGUCCAAACAGGCCAAGGAGUUCCUGGAGUUUGUGUAUGAAGAACCACUGCUGGACAUCCAGCAGCUUAACCCCUGUCUGUACGAACACUGUGAGCCUCUGAGCACAGUCCUGCGUCUCCGUCAGCAGCUCCAGUCACUGCGGGCCUACCUGUUCAGCUGCCGAGCAACCGUUGCUGAGGACCUCAGACGAAGGAUUUUCCCCCGGGAAUACCUCCUACAGCAUAUCCACCUGUACUCCCUGGCUGACCUGCAGCAGGUGAUUGAUGGAAAACUGGCUCCUUUCCUGUCCAAGGUGAUCAAGUUUGCCAGCUCACAUGUUUUCAGCUGCAGCUUGUGUCGAGAGAAAGGCUUCAUCUGUGAACUCUGCCAAAACGGGCAGGUCAUCUAUCCCUUCCAGGAGAACGCCACCCGGAGGUGUGACAGCUGCGGCGCUGUUUUCCACGCCGAGUGUCGACAGAAAGCACAGCCGUGUCCUCGCUGCGUUCGCCGGGAACUCCACCACAAGAGGCCAUCGUCCUUCUGGUCACCUGAUGACGACAGCCCAGGCUGUUUCCACGUGCCCUACCAAGACACCUGAGACAAAUACCUGCAGGAGCCAUAACAAACAGGGCACCGCCGCCCAGCCAUCACCCUGGACAACAAAGGCCUGUUUCUCUGAUUUGUGUGUGUCUGCAGGAUGGAUCUUGUGGCAGCAGUGACCAGGGAGUGGACUUGGAGCAUUUGUUGCAGCGUCAGGUUUGUGUUUUUGUGUGUGGACCUGCCAACGCACAUGCCUGAGCCGAGCACCCUUUGGUUUGCUGUAAAGAGCAGGAAGAAAACCAACUGAAGAACUGCUGAGUCAGGCUCUACAGAUCAAACUACUUGCAUUUUGUAGUCCAGCACAAACAGAUUAUCCUCUGAUUAUCCUUAUCCCAUCUCCUCCUCACUCCUCAUUCCUACCUUUUACAUUUUUCCAACUCCAGGAGUUAGACCUGCAUAAUCAAAGCUGAUCAACUGGAGGAAUUCAAGCUUAAAAAUAAUGUUGUGGAUUGUAGCCACCUGCUCUCAAAGUCCAGCUUAAGUUUAACAAUAAAAUGAGUAGUCAGUAGGCAGAAAACUAGUAUACAAUCUUGGCAAUGGAUGUGUAAAAAAAAAAACAUUAAAUUUGCUGCUCUCUUUUGGGUGAAAUAAGCAAAUUUUUCAAUUCCCCCUCCUCUGAGACCAUGCAAUGUUUUUGUCUUUGUUUACAGACUAAAAUAGAGAAUAACUGAAAAUGGAUCUGUGUGUGAUGGAAAUGCGUCAACUCAUGUUAAAGUGAUAGAGCACUCAAAACUUCAAACCCUUUUUUCACCAUUUUUCCUUUCAGAGAGAAAGAGCUGUUGUCAGCUUGUAUCCAUGUCAGUGAUAUUUAUGUCAGCAGUCAAAUAUUAAAGGGUAAGGUAUCAGUUUAUUAAUUUUUAUAAUGGUAGUCAAAAGUGAAACACAUUUUAUAAGCUGUAUUUUUUUUCCAUGUUCUUAUUGACCACUGAUAAGAAGAAAAAAACAUUUUAACAGAAGCUAUUUGGUAUAAAAAUCCACAGUCCUCAGUCUGCAAUCAAGAAGACUGAACCUGAGAUCACUUUCAGAACAUGCUAGAGUGAAUGAAGUAUACAAACUGUGUCCUUUGUAAUAGGAUUUAGAAAAGUGUGUUUUAACGACGAGUACAGGACAGGAAGGCGGGAUUAAAAUAAGCUGUUUUUACACGAAAAUAGUGCCAGGAGGAAAACUUCUCAAAACAGUCCUGCAGCACAAUCAGCUGUUUUACCCACCUAAGAGCAGAUUUCCUAUAAUAUUGCUAAAAUCACAUCUUCUCUGAAUGCACAGGUGCGCUGACGCAGAGUGGCUCAUAAAAAUCAUAAGACCAGAUUUCACAAUAGUGCCACAAAUUGUUGUCGAGAUGCUCAAAGUCCCUGAACAGAGUUACUGUAAGUGACAGGUUAUAUUUUCAGCGGGACUCAAAUGUUCUCAGCUUGUCUCGUAAUGACUGUAUUAAUUUGCUAAAUCAGCUAAUAUUUUUAUUAUUUAUAAUAUUUUUACUGUAGUUUACUGUCUGGAAAAAGCCCAUUGUCCUGCAACAUUGUGCGAUAACUCUGACAGCAUUUGGAGCACGUGGAUAAACCCAGGAAAGUGGAUUCUGCUGCAGGGCUGUUUUAAUGAGCAGUGUUUUAGUUAGUUUUUUUUAAACUGUGGCAAUGUGUCGGCAAUGACAUUUACUGUCUCUGACUAAAUCCAAACUGACCACAGCUGCUGCUGUUCUGAAAAAACAAAAAAAAUAAUGUGUAUGAAAGUAUAAAAAUCCUUCCUCUCUCCUACUUAUAAGUUAUUUAACGUGUGGAUUUUCACUCACUCAUUUGAUCGGUGUUUCUUUAGUGCAGACUCUGUCAGUGUGUUUGGGCACGUUUUCUUCCCUCCAUCACUCUGACUGUAAAAUAACAAAAGGGGCAAUAAUAUAAACUGUAACUUAAUCGUUCAUUGUUGCCUUUUUCCCCUCCUGUGUCAUUCUACUUCCUGUUGUGCUUUAUUCAUGCAGAAUCUAUCAAGCAUGAUAGCAGCUUUAGCGUUUUAGUAUCUUCUAUGCAACCUAGAUGGCCUUUAUAAUCCACAGCUCUGAUGUGUAAAGGUCUGGGAACAUGUUCUUUACAGCGCUGAACGAGCUGUGUUUACAUCAAGUUUUAAGAAUAUAAUAAUGAAAGGAAAUUAAUCAAAUUAAUUUUCUGUCUUCUUUGCUGGUUUAAGAGUAAAUAAUUAAAUCCUGCUAUUUUUUUCUGGUUUGGUGUAGAGUGAAAUGUUAGAUACAGUAAGCUUUUAUUUUUUCUACAUAAAAUAUGAAACUGCUCCAAUCAGUGAAAGAUAGUAAAGUCUGCCUGUAGUGAUCGAUGAAAGCUGCACUCUCUUUGUUUUUAGGCACUGUUAUAAAAUCAGAUUUCAAAUAUAUUGCAAACCAGGAAAUAUUGGAUUUCUCAACAUCUUAAGAUUCAAGGACUGCAGCUUUAAAGUUCAAUAUGCCAAAAUGUGUAAUAUGUUUUGUUUUCUGUCUUUUGUUUUUCUUCCUAACAAGCUGAAAUCUCAGUGCAGAUUUUUUUCCCCAUCUGUCCUUUCUUAACCUCCUCUUCAUCAGCUUGUUUGAGCCAUAAAAUUACAUCAAUGUUGAAAUGUGACAAACUUCAGCUCUGGCUUGAUUCAGGAAUAUGUGUUUUUGUGAGAUCAGUGACAGUUCUACGUGUUUGUGAAGCACUCAGGAUGCUGCGCAUUGAAACUAAAUAGGUGUUUGAGCUGAAAUGAAAUCAUUUUUAUUUAUUUUACUUAUUUAUUUUUGUUUGUUUUAAUGGUCAUAACUGAAGUCAUGUCGGGUGAUAUUAAAAACAGUGUUUAAGUUGUCGAUUGAUCGUGCCUGCUGCAUAAAAAACUUUUGUUUUGUUUUGUUUAUUAAUGAGUUUUUUUUUAUUAUUAUUAUUAUUAUACUUUUUGACUGUGAACUCAUGCUGUUUUUGUACUUUGGAGCCCAGCAGAGGUCAAAGAUCAUUUAACUGUUUAUCACACAGAUCAGAGUUUUGCACGGGGAAUAAAUCACGUGUAAUCAAGUCCAAAUCCAGCCCACCACACAAAGUUAGCUCAUCUGUUUCCAGUUGCAUAACGAGCAUAAUCAAACCUCAUCCUGGCCCCAACAAACAGCUUCAACUCAGAGAGUCUAUUCAAAAUAUGUCGAUUUAGGGAUUAUAUUCCUGUUACAGAUUGCCAGAUUGUAGAGUUUGUUUGUUUGUUUGUUUGUUUGUUUGUUUUCAGACUAUGGCUAUUUUUACAAGUCUACAUAUCACCCACAAAAUCUGAUUUCAUGCCACUAAAACAUUACACACUGCAAAAGGGAACAAGAUUGAAAGCCUUUUUUUCUUUUAAAUUCCACAAACCAUCAACUGAAUAAGCACACAAAGCACCAAUGAUGCAUAAAUUAUAGAAGUGAAAAGCGUUAUAGGUUUUCUGUGUGUAGAAACAGGCAGCUUACACAAAGUUAUACACACAAAGUACAUACUCGAUAUUAUGAUUUUUGCACAAUAUACAAAAAAAAUGUGGGGCGUUAUCCCCAAAAUAUUAAUUUCACAAGCAAAAGUGCAGCAGAAGAAAAAGGACUCAAAGAAGAAAAUGACUGAAGAAAUGAGGCUACAUCUAACUAACCAGUAUUUGUGUGUCUGUGUCAGCCACAAUUUCAUACAAGUGUAAUCGAUUGAGCUGUGUAUGGGUAAAGUGGGUUGAAAAAUUAGAACCUGUGUGAAGCAAGAGACAUGCAUUUACUUUUGGCCGACUUACUAAGUGAAUUGGCUACAAUUGUUUCAAAGACAAUAAUAAAUAUAUUAGUAAAAGUUGAAUUCAAACAAUUACCUGUAAAAACUGGAUACUAAUUACUGUAGUACUUUAUAUUACCAUUGGUAACAAUGUAGUAAUAGUGGGGCAGUAAGAAACAAAAGCUAAUAAUAGCACAAUUACAAGUUAUUACCACCUAAUUACAAAGUAAUUAUCUUGUAUCAACGCUGAUAUUUAUGAUGUUACCGGUACUGUAAUGCUAUCAUUAGCCUAUAUCUGUGAAUCUGAGUGAAAUAUGGGUGGAAUAUGCAUGUGUGUAGUUACUUGUUUAGACCUGAUUAUCAAACAUUUAUAUGCUAUGCACACUAUGAACUAAGAUUGCGAACAUGGUAAACAUUAUGCAUGCUAAACAUUAGUUGUUGUCAUCUUAAAUAACUCAGAGCACAAGUAUAGCCUCCGGGUGAUGCUCGCUUCUCUAUUUGUACAAGUGAAGUCAUCUGAAUAAAUAUAUAAAACACAGCAAGAGGUGUGUAAACAUCCUGAAGACAUAAGCCAAUAUGCAAAUUGACGCAAAUGCAGACGAGGUCUUAAAAGACAUGUUUGCAUAAACAGAGUAACACUAGAAUCUGUCCAAAAGUCAUGCCUGUCCUCAUCUGCCCCAAACAAAAUGAUAAUAGUGACAUUAAUAUCAAUUAAGAGCCAGAUGUUUUUCUGUUUGUUGUUUCUGACAUAACGCAGAAUUAAUUCUAGUAUUGUAAUAUGAUAAUAGUAUUCUAAAAUAUAAAACAUCAACCAAUAUUACCUUAUUAUGAGGUUACUACCAGUUUCUGCAAGUCAGUGUAUAAAAAUUUGAAUGCAGAUAUUCCUGUUUUGUUGCUAGCAGGUUAUUAUUAUUUUUUAUCAACAUAUUACUAUGAUUAGCUUUUGGUUUUGCUUCAUAGGCAUAUGGCCUGUUAUUACCCAUCUGCUUAAAUGUCAGUGUAAUAUUACUCAGCUCUUUAUAGUCGUUGAUACAAGAUAAUUAUGUGUUUUUUAUCUCCUCAUUUCCAACUUGUUACCUCACUAUUACCAUAUUUUUACCAAUCUAUAAUAGAAAGUACUACCAUAACUAUUUUUUAAAAGGUAAAAGGGGCAUUUAGUUCUGUUGCUCCAGUCUAAUGAUGCAUUUUUAAAGAGUAGAAACCUACUAAUUUAUGGAAAGAAAACCCAUAUAAGACAAAUACCUGCUGGGCCCUACAAUUUGCCGCUAUGUAGCUAAAGUUACUUGAUUGUGUACUUUGAGAAAUGUAUUAAAUUACUUGCUAAUUUUAUGCUGUUGUUUCACUGCAACCUGGAAGUGCAGGUUUAUGUUUAUUUGAUUUUUAAAUAAUACUGCAAUAUUGCAACCUCUGCAAAUCUCUUAUGUCUUUUGUCCCAGCUGCUUUUUUAUUUCUUUACAUGACUGCAGUGUUAUCCUAGUAACCUCCAGCUCAAGCCUAAGUUGAAAUUGUAAGGAAGUUUUAUGACCGUGCUAGCACAAAGUUGUUUUGUUUUUUGUGUGUUUUGUUUUGUUUUUAUGGUACUUGACUUGAAAUGUUGCUUAUGUUUCGGGCACAUGUUGAUCAUUGCAGUAUGGUCUUAGAGAAUAAUAUAUUGUACAGUAUUUAAGCACAGUAGCUGGACUGAAAAUCUUUUGCACUUUUAAGUUUUUUUUAUUAUCCUUGUUUAUCCUUGUUUUCACAUCCAAAUUCUGAUGCAAAUACGGGGAGUUGAACUUUUUUUUCUGUCUUAUUUAAUCAGCCCUUCCUGCUGUUGGAUUUUGUUCAGAUUUGUCUGCUAGCCACUGAUGCCAAUAAAGACA